ACCCCCCACCCCGUCCCCGGGCUCAAUAGCGUGCGGACGGACGCGCCGCCUAUGUUCCUCGCAGUCCCGGGAGCAGCGCCUAGAAUCUCCGCGGCGGCCACCGCCAGUUUCCCCGCCCGCAGGUCAUUCCAGAAAGAUGAGGAUGUUUAGUAUCUUUAUAUUCAUGGCCUACUGUUAUUUACUGAAAGCAUUUACUAUCACAGUCACCAAGGACCUAUAUGUGGUAGACUAUGGCAGCAAUGUGACACUGGAAUGUAAAUUCCCAGUAGGAAAACAAUUAGACUUGCUUGCAUUAAUUGUCUACUGGCAAAUGGAGGAUAAGAAAAUUAUUCAAUUUGUGAAUGGAAAGGAAGACCUGAAGGUUCAGCACAGUAGCUACAACCAGAGGGCCCAACUGUUGAAGGACCAGCUCUUCUUGGGAAAGGCUGCACUUGAGAUCACAGAUGUGAAACUGCAGGAUGCGGGGGUUUACUGCUGCUUGAUCAGCUAUGGUGGUGCUGACUACAAGAGGAUUACUUUGAAAGUCAAUGCCCCGUAUCGCACAAUCAACCAAAGAAUUUCUGUGGAUCCAGUCACCUCUGAACAUGAACUAAUGUGUCAGGCUGAGGGUUAUCCUGAGGCUGAAGUCACCUGGACAAGCAGUGACCAGCAAGUCCUGAGUGGCAAAACCACCAUCACCAAUUGAAAGGAAGAGAAGCUUUUCAAUGUGACCAGCACACUGAGAAUCAACACAACAGCUAAUGAGAUUUUCUACUGUACUUUUCAAAGAUCAGGUCUUGAGGAAAACAGUACAGCUGAGUUGGUCAUCCCAGAACCACUUCUGGUUCCAGGAAAUAAGAGGAUUCACUUGGUGAUUCUGGGAGCUGUCUUUUUUUUCCUUGUUGUAGCCCUGACAGUCAUCAUCUACCAAAAAAGAGAUGUGAAACUAAUGGAUGUGGAGAAAUGUGGCACCCAAGAUACAAACUCAAGGAAACAAAAUGAUACACAAUUUGAGGAGACGUAACCCAGUACUGAAUCUUCUGACCUUAAAGCAGGGAUUCUCAGCCUGUGGUUUGAGCUUGCCAGGGCCAAGCAUGACCAGAGGAUUGCAGUGGGCCAAUAGGCUACAGGUGAUAUAUGACUUAAGAGGCCCAGGCACUGAAAAUGGAAGUUGGGAAAAAAGAGGAGAACAACGCAAGGAGAACAAAGGGCAUCCUGGCAGGAAACCUCAGGUACUUCAGAAUGACUGGGAGAUUCACUGGCGCAUGUGAAAGGGGGAAAGGACACUUCUGAAUGAUGAGCCUCCAUGCAAAUUGUCCAUUGUUCAUCCUAGGAAAGCAAGUUGAGAUUCCCUGAUUUAAUCGUCAGUUCCUGCAGAAGUGCCCUUUGUCUUCACUUAGUGUCUUGGUUUCUCUUCUGUGUGAUUGAGAGUCUCAGUGUUGCAGCAGUAUUUAAGUAUGUUUUUACUAUUUAUUUCGAGUCUGGGGUCUUGUCAUGUGAGUGUGGUUGUGAAAGGUUUCUUUUGAAGAUACAGUAGAAGUUAAAAGUUUUCUUAAAACUAAACUUAGUGACUUGUGUGUGUACUGUAAAAUGUAUAGUAUUUGUAAGGUGCUUGGUAUUCCUUAUGGCUGUCAGUACAUAGGAGGUAUAGAGAACAAGCCAUUGGUUUGCAUAGGAUAUUACUUUAUUUAAUCCACUGGUACUUUGGUUAACUUGAAUAAUCUUAUCCUUAGACCUUAAUUGUCUCUAUAAUCUUAUUCUCAGACCUCUAGGUAAGAUAUGUUACCACGGUUUCUGUUCCAUUUAAAUAUCAGCUUUGCAACUAUAUGUUAUCCUACACACAUAAUCUCAUUUAAUCUCUGUAACAACUGCAUGUGGUAAGCACUAUUAUACCCAUUUCACUGUUGAGGGAGUAGAGAGAUAAAGUAACCCACCCAUGCAGUAAACAGCGGACCUCAGAUUUCCAGGACUGUCACCUGUUUACCUUUUAGAAUACAAUUUACAGCUAUGUUUUACUUUAAGACAUUCAUUAAUUCAGCAAACAUAUAGGUAGUGCCCUUGCAUGUCCAUCCCUAUGCCAGCCAGUGAGUCUACAUAUGUGAGCAAGAUAAGGUACCUCCCCUCAAAGUGCUCAUAGUAUAAGGGGAGAUCACUAAGAAAAUUUAUUAUUACAAUUUAGUGCAGUGUCAUAGGAUAAGGUGUUGGAGAAGAAUGAUGGUGUGAGGAGGAAAGUCUGGAAAUGCUGCCAAAAGGAGGGGCAGUCUGGGUGGCCAGUUAAUGUGUUUCUGGACAGUUGAAAAUACUUAAACAUUUUAAUUAAAAAGCCAUUUAAUGUAUGAAGACAAGUAUUUUUAAAAACUGUAGAAAGCAAUUCUUGAAUUCUUUUUCCAUUGUAUUGACCCCUGAUUUAUUUGCCUUUGCCAUGUAAUCUGAUGCUUAUUUACAUAGUGUCUGGUGUUGGUUAGUAGUUCUCUCUUUUUAAAUGAAUUUUUAAUUCAUACCUCUCCAUUAUUCAAAAUUCAGAAGGUCCAGUAGGAGACAUUAAAAAGUCUCCAUUCCAUCCUCUUACCCAUCUGGUUUCUCUUUCCAAAGGCAACCACUCUUGCCUUUUGUUUGUAUAGUCUUCUAACGAUACUCUCUGAAUAUAUGCAGAAAUACUUGUAAAAAGUAUAUAUUUUUUAUUUGUCCUUAUUCACUUAAGUGGUAACAUUAUAUACCUGCUGUGCAUGUCACUAUUUUUAUUUAACCUAUUAUUUCUUAUGUAGCAGGGAAACAAAUUAGAAAGUUCCCAGAGGUCAGGCACUGUCUUGUUUCUAGUUCAUCCUUUCCAUAGCCUCUUAGUAUCUUCCAUAAGACUUACUAUAUGCUAAAUAUCUAAUUCAUCUACAUUUAGACAGCUAGCAUUUAUUGAGUAUUUGCUCUAUAACUGAGUUUGGAUUUGGUUGGUUUUGUGUUUUUCAGAGUGAGACCCAUGGCUUCUCCAGGGCAUGCUAGGUAAACUUAGUCCUAAAGGGUGACUUUAUUAGUAACCUCUGUAUGACAGAAUUAUGUCUGCAAACUUGUUUUUUCUUUCUGUUUUCUGAGUAAAAACUUAACUUUGAUGUUGCACUUGCAAAAUUACAUGUUCUUUUUGAAAAUUCCAGUAGAGUACUUGACCCUAGACCCUCAUCUGUGCCAAAAAAGACCCAUGAGCUGUGUCUGAACCUAGUCCUACCAGUUCUCACCACUACACAGGCCUUCAAAGAGGUUGUCUUCCAAAAAGGCUUUGAGGUUCAGUAGCCUCUCAGGAGGCCCCAGAGUACUCCUUCAUUCUUGGACAUUUCCUGGAUCGAUGACAAGGAAAACCAUCUUUACUAUGCCACUUGCCAACGCUGAAGAAACAGAAUCUCCAACCAGAACUCCUUCUGUUAUCUUUUGUACAUGUUCAUUUGCACAAUACCCUUUGUUUGUGUGAUAAUAUCCUUUGUGUGAAUUACAAGUGAGGAUUCUGGCUGAGCAAGACAUACAGUCUAUUCACUUCAGUCUUAAAUCUUAAUGCCUUCUUAUGGUGUUGGAUUUGUAAGGCACUUUAUCCUUUUGUCUUGUGUUUCACUGUAAAUGACAUAAGCAGAGAUGAUUGUCUGCGUUUGGUUGUCACUAUUUACAUCUGCAUUAAUUUAAUAAAAUAUUUAUUGUGUUCCACCAGCA